UCGGAAGAAUAACACGACCCGUGGAAAUUGAUAUGUAAUGAAGUGAUUGUAUUUAAAACAUGCUAAUUGUAACAUCCUUUUAACCUGGCCUCUAUUUACAUUACGACAGCCACCUUGCAGUGCAUGUCUGUCAACAGCUGGCCAACAUGUCUAUGUUCAGCACUGGUAUCCUGGUGCUCACUUCACCUCUGCACACCCUUCCACUACGCAUCGCGCCUGUCCUCAGCUCUGCCGCCCAGGUGGUUGAGCGUACCCUCUACGUACACCUGCACCCAGGGCUCAACCUGGGCAGUGCGGGCCAGGCCCGGCCAGUCUACAUCCCUCCAGUAGCGGAUUUCUCCAGCCUCAUCUCCCGUCUCUACAGCAAUGCAGCCGACAUAUGUGGUCACCUGGACGUGCGGGUGCUGCUGACGAACAUCCGGGCCCAGCAGGGCUUGACAGGGGCAGGGGGAGCUAGUAACCCUUUCCCAUCCCCGCAAACCUUGUCCCACUCCCCAGAGGUGGUGCUGACCGACUUCCCACUACAGGACCCAGGCCAGUCUUCACUGGUGGCACAGUGCCUGCAGAGGUAUGCGGGCCACUGCUACGCUUGCACCCCGGGGCUGGCCCCUGUGCUGCUACACCCCCAGCUGAAGACUUUGGAGAAGGAGGAAGCGGAGCAGGAGCUGGAGCUGGAGGGGGGUGGGACAGCUCGACCCGAGCCCCUGCAGACAUACAACGAUGUGGUGGUGGGUGGCACCUUUGACCGACUUCAUGGAGCGCACAAGACGCUGCUCAACAUCUCCUGCUUGCUGGCUAACAAGAGGUUCCUGAUUGGGGUUUGUGAUGAAGACCUGCUGAAAAACAAGGUUCUGAAGGAGCUUAUCGAGCCCUACGCCCUCCGGGUUGAGAAACUCCAGGAGUUCCUCCAGGAUGUCAAGCCCUCACUGCAGUACGAGAUCGUGCCCCUCUCCGACCCCUUUGGCCCCUCCAUCACUGACUCCGACCUGCAGUGCAUCGUGGUCAGCGAGGAGACCAGGAGGGGAGGUGAGGCCGUCAACAAGAAGCGCCUGGAAAACGGCCUCCCAGGGUUGGUGCUGCAUGAGAUCCAGCUGAUCAAAGACGCCCACCACAGUGAAAUUGAGGAGGAGAAGAUCAGCUCAUCCAGUUUUCGCUCCCGUCUGCUGGGGACUCUUCUCACACCACCCAAGGAAAAACCCCACUUGCCACCCUUUCCGUACAUCAUCGGGCUGUCAGGGGGCAGCGGCAGUGGGAAGAGCUCGAUCGCCCGUCGCCUGGAAGCGCUAGGAGCAGUCCGCAUCGACAGUGACCAGCUGGGGCACGAGACCUACAGCCCUGGGGCAGCUGCCUAUGAGAGGGUGGUGGAGGAGUUUGGGGAAGAGGUUUUGAAUGAGGACAAAACAAUCAACAGACGGUCCCUUGGCAGGAAAGUCUUUGGAAACAAGGAGAGAUUGAAGUCCCUCACUGACAUUGUGUGGCCUGAGAUAGCGCUUCUUGUCAAGAACAAGAUCCAGCAGGCCAGAGAGGAAGGUAAGCAGGUCUGUGUGGUGGAUGCGGCUGUGCUGCUAGAGGCUGGCUGGACGGACAUGGUACAUGAGGUGUGGGUCACUAUCAUCCCAGAGGAAGAGGCAGUUUUGCGGAUCACAGCACGGGACGGGGUGAGUGAAGAAGAUGCACGGAGGAGGCUACAGAGCCAGUGGUCCAACGCCCGGCAGGUGGAGCACGCCAACGUGGUGCUGUGCACCCUGUGGGAGCCUGACGUCACCCAGAGACAGGUCCUAAAGGCAUGGAACCUCCUGCAAGAGCGGAUUCGCAAGAGACAGGAGAACAACAGCCCUCUGUCUUGAAUAGCCUGAGCCAUUAAAAAGCUAUGUGCAACCAGAACAUGACCUGAUUGGUCCCGGUACUUGUCAUGUGUCACCUCAGUGGUGACAAGCAAAUAAGCCACCAAUCUAACUCUGUGGCUGUAUAGGAGUGGCUCAGAGCUUUGAUUGUGAUACAGUGAGUAAUAUCGGCCUCAAAGAUGCAAGGCUGACUUUGAACCAUAGCUGGGCCUGUUUGAGAAGUAAUAACUGACACUACAAUGUGCCUGUAAUGUGAAACUUCACAACAGCUGAAUAUUUUUCUUCAUUUUCAUUAUUUAUGAAUGACACUAUUGCUGUGAGAAAAUAGUGGAAGUGAGACUAACACGUGGCCAGACAAUUCAUACUCU